AUGGUUGUCAGUCAAAGGCAGGAAAAUGAAAGGGAGGUCAGGCAAGUCGGUCCGUCGGUCCGAGGUUUGAGCUUGGACCUACCGAGAGGCUGCCAAACCUUACAACCCACUGCGCGUGAACGACUCAAGCAUGCUUGGUCCUUGGCGCAUCGACUUCGAACAGAACCGACGUUCUCAACCUCCGAAAUAUUUUGGAGAAGAAUAGAAACAUCAUGUGGAUGCUAUGAUCCUCGCGCGCAGGAAGGAAGGGCCUACUUCUCAAUCCCGCAUUGCACCCAACGUGCCUUCCUCGCGUUCGUGAUGAAGGAUACUCCCACGUCGAGACUCUAGACCGAUCGACUCAACUUACCUCCAGUUGCAUCAAGAAAACCUCCGCCUGACCGCCUCACCACGGGCCAAGGUAUCAUCACCUUGACCCCGGAUCAAAUUGGAUGUUCGGUGAUUUCAAGUUCAACGUUCAAGAAUAGACCGCGCGAGAACACGCAGCAUUACCAAGAUGCGAUGGCGUGCGUCGUCAAAUAUGGAAAGCCUUCGCUGUUCAUCACGGUGACGUGCAACCCCGAGGGGCCGGAAAUCAAGGCUGCACUGGGGCCGAACGACCAAGCAUGCAACCGACCGCCGAUCGGAUCUCAUUGCACGAGUGUUUGA